UUUUUUGUUUUUAAAUAUAUGUUUGUUUGUUUGUUUUUCUUUUUUAAAUUUACCUAACACCACGACAGUCCCAUCACAUUGCUUUCCCCGUACGAAAUAAAAGCCCACUCUGAACUUCGACCGCCCGGGAGACUCGAGAUCUGCGACCAGCUGAUGGAGAAGGGGACACCCGUGCUGGCAGGGGCCGCUGGCGAGAGACCGCAUCACGCGUCUCUCUGGUGAUCCCUGCCCUGAUCGCCGAGUUCAGCAAUACCUGGAGGACCUGGACCCUGUGCUGCGGGUGGGGGAGGGGACUCAGCGAAAGCCACCCUGAACCUUAAGAAAAAGUAGCUGACCGGGGGCGGAACGGGGUUUGUUCUUGACAGCUGACGGAGCCUUGAAAUUUUCCUCCUCUACCUCCGCCCCCUCCUCCGCCCCCGCCCCCCGCACUCCAUUUAACGUGAGAUUAUGAAAUCGCAGAGGCGGUGGAGGGAAGGCGACAGGAUCUAACAGGGAGUUUGGAGGGGCGAGGGGGAAGGUGGCUGGCUGGGUGGCUGAAAUCAAAAAUCCAAUUGCGCACUGGGUUGUGAUGAGAAAUCUAAUCAGAUCUUCGACGAAGGGGCCGGCCGGAAGGGUAGCCGGUGGGGGCAGUUGAUCCCCAAAUUAUCCGAAGGGAGAGCUGGGGACUGGAAUCAAGGAUGUAAAGAAAGACUUUUUUGUUCCUUUUUUUCUUUCUUUUCUUUUUUCUUUUUCUUUUUUACCUCCCCGGAUGAGGUGGCUGUUGGGUGCCUUGCUAAAAUGAAGAAUGCGGGACGCAGCUCUCUCUUGGAGCAGAACGCAGAGGAUAAACUGAUUGUGCCAGAAAGAAGAAAGAAUGAAGCUUUUUCUUGUGAGACCUGGAUCGUAACAUAAAUGUGUAUAUGGCCACACGGGGAGCAUUGAGGGGAAAAAUGAAAUAAGCUCAUGUCAGACCUGCGGGGGUUUAGUGCGUUCUGACAUAAAUAAAUAAUCAUAAAAUAGCCGUCCCCCUCCCCCAAGGAUGUUUGGAAAUGGAGAACUGAGGAUACACAAAGAAAAAGUGUGUUCAUUUUUUUUUCUUUAAAGGAGAAAGUACGCCAAGGAGAUAUUUUUGAAAUGAAAAGUUUGGGGCAUUUUUAGGAAAGUAAAGACCUGAGAUAUAUAUACAUAUAUUUUUUUUCCUGUUUGAAUUUCCCACAAGAAAGAGAGGAAAUUAAUAAUAGAUCUGCAAAGAAAUUUUACUGAAGAAAAGUUGACCGUGGAGGAAUGAAGCAUUGAUUGGAGAAGAAAUCAGCAGAGGACUCUUGGAUUUGUGCCCGUGUUGACUAAAAUUGAAGGAUAAUUGCAGCUGGAUCUUUUUUCUUCACCAACCUCCUUUUCUUUUUCUUUUUCUUUCCCUUUUUGGUGUCAAGAUCGUGCAUUCUUUCUUGUUCUUAACCACCUGGAUUUCCCUCGGGAUGUAGCUGUGCUGAGUCUGAAAUACAGUUGGCAAACACGUUGCCUAUUUACUGUGUAGAGACCCCAAUGGAGAACAAGACUGUUUGAACUCCAGAAGGACCAACACCAGAUAAAUUAUGAAUGUUGAACAAGAUGACCUUACAUCCACAGCAGAUAAUGAUAGGUCCUAGGUUUAACAGGGCCCUAUUUGACCCCCUGCUUGUGGUGCUGUUGGCUCUUCAACUUCUUGUGGUGGCUGGUCUGGUUCGAGCUCAAACCUGCCCUUCAGUGUGCUCCUGCAGCAACCAGUUCAGCAAGGUGAUUUGUGUUCGCAAGAACCUCCGUGAGGUUCCCGAUGGCAUCUCCACCAACACAAGGCUGCUGAACCUCCACGAGAACCAAAUCCAGAUCAUCAAAGUGAACAGCUUCAAGCACUUAAGACACUUGGAAAUCCUCCAGUUGAGCAGGAAUCAUAUUCGAACCAUUGAAAUUGGGGCCUUCAAUGGUUUGGCGAACCUCAACACUCUGGAACUCUUUGACAAUCGUCUUACUACCAUCCCGAAUGGAGCUUUUGUGUAUCUGUCUAAACUGAAGGAGCUCUGGUUGCGCAACAACCCCAUUGAAAGCAUCCCUUCCUAUGCUUUUAACAGAAUCCCUUCUUUGCGCCGCCUAGACUUGGGGGAAUUAAAAAGGCUUUCUUACAUCUCAGAAGGUGCCUUUGAAGGUCUGUCCAACUUGAGGUAUUUGAACCUUGCCAUGUGCAACCUCCGUGAAAUCCCUAACCUCACGCCGCUCAUCAAACUGGACGAACUAGAUCUUUCUGGGAACCAUUUGUCUGCCAUCAGACCUGGCUCUUUUCAGGGGUUGAUGCACCUUCAAAAACUGUGGAUGAUACAGUCUCAGAUUCAAGUGAUUGAACGUAAUGCCUUUGAUAACCUCCAGUCAUUAGUGGAGAUCAACCUGGCACACAACAAUCUAACAUUGCUGCCUCAUGACCUCUUCACGCCCUUGCAUCAUCUAGAGAGGAUACACCUUCAUCACAACCCAUGGAAUUGUAACUGCGAUAUCCUGUGGCUCAGCUGGUGGAUACGAGACAUGGCUCCCUCGAACACAGCGUGUUGUGCCAGGUGUAACACGCCCCCCAAUCUGAAAGGGAGAUAUAUCGGAGAGCUGGACCAGAAUUAUUUCACAUGCUAUGCUCCGGUGAUUGUGGAACCCCCCGCAGACCUAAAUGUCACUGAAGGCAUGGCAGCUGAGCUAAAAUGUCGGGCAUCUACAUCCCUGACUUCCGUGUCUUGGAUUACUCCAAAUGGAACAGUCAUGACCCAUGGGGCAUACAAAGUGCGGAUAGCUGUGCUUAGUGAUGGCACAUUAAAUUUCACAAAUGUAACUGUGCAAGACACAGGCAUGUACACAUGUAUGGUGAGUAAUUCUGUUGGCAACACUACUGCUUCUGCCACCUUGAAUGUUACUGCGGCAACCACUACUCCUUUCUCUUACUUUUCUACUGUAACAGUAGAGACUAUGGAACCUUCUCAGGAUGAGGCACGAACCACAGACAACAAUGUGGGUCCCACUCCAGUGAUCGAUUGGGAAACUACUAACGCAACCACAUCUCUUACGCCACAGAGCACAAGGUCAACGGAGAAAACAUUCACCAUCCCAGUGACUGACAUCAACAGUGGAAUCCCAGGAAUUGAUGAGGUCAUGAAAACAACCAAAAUCAUUAUUGGGUGUUUUGUGGCCAUCACACUCAUGGCUGCUGUGAUGCUGGUUAUUUUCUACAAGAUGAGGAAGCAGCACCAUCGGCAAAACCACCAUGCUCCAACAAGGACUGUUGAAAUCAUUAACGUGGAUGAUGAGCUCGCUGGGGAUACACCUAUGGAAAGUCACCUGCCCAUGCCUGCAAUUGAGCAUGAGCAUCUAAACCACUAUAACUCUUACAAAUCUCCCUUCAACCACACAACAACAGUAAACACAAUAAAUUCAAUACACAGUUCAGUGCAUGAACCGUUAUUGAUCCGAAUGAACUCUAAAGACAAUGUACAAGAGACUCAAAUAUAAAACAUUUACAGUUACAGAAAACAAACAAUCAAAAAAGACAGUUUAUUAAAAAAAAUGACACAAAUGACUGGGCUAAAUCUACUGUUUCAAAAAAGUGUCUUUACAAAAAAAAACAAAAAAGAAAAGAAAUUUAUUUAUUAAAAAUUCUAUUGUGAUCUAAAGCAGACAAAAUUAUGUGUAUUCCUCAUAACCUGUUUUUGCUGCACUUACUAUUUUCCCACACCUCCUCCCUCCCUUCCCUGAUUGCCAUAUUUUUCAUAGAUCUCAAUUCUCUAAAGAACUGGUCUAGGAAAUUUUGUAAGAAUUCUGUUACACUUUGAGAUUUUUAUGGUGAAUUCUAGUGGUGAGAUCCAGUCUAUUUUGUCUCUUUAUCUCUAAUUUUUUUCAUUUUUUUCCUUUUUCCUUCAUGCCCUUCUGAAGUAGUCCAAUGGAGAAUGCAAUAUUAGAAAUAGAUUUUUAAGAAAGAAUGAGGAAGAUGCAAGAUCUUAUUUUUUCAUGCAUUGAUUUGUUCUGUAUUUAUGAGGAGGACAUUCUGUGGAGAAAGAAAAAAAGUAAGCAAACAACAGAUUAAUUUACAUACGAACAUCUAUAAAACCCAUGACUUUAAAAAAAAAACUCUAGUACCAGAAUUUGUAGUUCAAAAACUUAAAAUAAGAUUAUAAAUAAAAUAUUGUUGGUUUUUCUGUACUUGGACAUAGCUCAUUUGUAGCCUGGUUCAAAUAUGAGAAACCUGAAGGUAAUUAGAUUCCUUAUUUUCUCAGAAACACUUUAACUUAAGCAUCAUUUUGUACAUGUCUCUGCUGUUUUAUUUGACUUAAGUUGCCUAUCAGUAUUCAAGGAUGAUAUGAUGCAAUGAGAUUUCUUCCUUCUCAGUAGGAUUCCCCUUGCAAAAUCUUCAGGUGAAAAGAUAUCAGUUUAUAAACAAAAUGUAUUUCAAGUAGGGAGAAAAUACCACUACGAUAUAUUUGCGUUUUUCUCAUGAGACUCCCAUAGACAAGGUGAAAUAUUGCCACAAAAGUGGAGCCAUCCUAAUGUUUCUAUAGUCAAAGAAAAUAACUUUGGAUUCUGAGUGUUAGUAAAUUUAGUUCAAUUCAAUGAAGACUAUCAAGGAAUUAAAAUGGACUAAUCGGUCACUUGGAUAAUAUGGGUACAAAAAUAACAAGGCCUGGUUCCUGCCCUUGUAUCAUUCCCAAGGAUUAUUCUCAGUGGAUUACUGAGCAUUAGCAUAAACUUUUGAAUUUUGGGUAGGACACAGUGUCCUGGGAUCACAAACUCAUAAAAUAUUCAAUUAUUACUAUUAUAGAAGUAUCCUGGCUUCAUGGUUUCUGACAUUUUUAUGGUAGAGAUAACUUUUUCCUCUAGAAUGCAGAUUCCCAGGGUUAAAAGGUAUGAAAAUGGCAUCUUAGGUAUCCUAGAAAUGUGGGUCCAUACAACAAGAUGAGAAGACUGUUGCAAUGGUAAUUUACUAAGACUUCCCUUAAAGGAUCUGUGGAAAUUUUAGUUAAGAGGAUAUAUAUUGACUUUUUUUUUUUUAAAAAAAAAAGAGAAACCCACUGAUUGUGAUUGUUAGCAUGCUCCUGAUAUUUCAAUAUUCUAUGUAUAUGACCUUUAUCUUUAUGUAUGUAGAGCAAUAUACAGAAAGACAGGCAGACAGGCACGCACGCAUGCACACACACACAUAUGUACACACACUCACACACCUUUUUAUUACUGGCCUUGAAACCUGCCCUCUCUACCAAAGUGAAAAGACAAGGAUCGACUAAACGGAAGAAAACAUAAUCUCCUAAUGGAAGUACAGCUUGAAGAUUCACAUUUAAUUCUACAGUCUAGACCUCAUGCCAGGUUUUGUGAUCUCCAGGUGUGAAAAACCAAUCUUUUCUUACACUGUAGGUUAGAAAAAUGGAGGAAGCAGUAACAAAUAAAUGCAAGUACACAACAGUCUUUCUUCUAUUCUGCAAUCCCAUUCUCUUUGGCUUUUUCUCCUUUACCCCGUUUCCCUUUGGUGCAAACAUUACGCACAUGCUUUUACUGUUCAGUAGAAACAGGAAAAAAGAAAGUGUGCAGAGACUGUCAUUUGUUGAUUUAAUGUGUAUUGAAUAUAUUUAAUGUCUUCCUUUCCAACAGCAGGUAAACUUGAUAUUUCAUGUGGGAGUGCAUACAUACACACAGAGAUGCAUACUCACACACAUGCAUACACUUUUGACUGUCAAACUAUGGUAUGAAGAAAAGUGUUACUAGCGAGUAGGGAAGUAGGUCUUUCCAUCUCUACUUGAUAAUUAUUUCUGAUUUAUGCUUACAAGCUUCUGUCUACUUACCCUCUUUCCUCUUUAGCUUAUGAUUAUUGUAAGGUUAGACCAAAAAUGUUCUGACAAUUAACUGUGUAGGGUGGCUAAAUAGUCAGGCAUAUUGUACUAAACAUAAUGAAAUCCAAGCUUGGACUAAAAAGAAACAAGCAAAAAAAUUAAGAAUAAAAUAAAAUAUAAUCUAUGUGAUAUAGCAGCUGGAAUAUUAUAACAGGUGAGAAUAACACAUUUCAAAAAUAAAAUAUAUUGAUGGAAUAUUUAAGUUAAUCAAAUUAAGUUAUAUAGAAAUAUCAUAUC